AUGAAUGAGUUGAGCGACGGCAGGUUCGGUGAGUCCCUUCCAAGUGCCCAUGUUUCAGCUGGUUUUCACUAUCCAGUUCGACCACAAUACAGCACCUUGCACUUGCAGAUCAGAGUGAACUCAGGCAAUGUGUGUCCAGGCGAAGGGCGAGGAGUGGAUUUGUUCAGGUUGCACCAUCGGCUCAAGUUGGACCCUACGUGUUUUCAACGAGAUGAUGAGGAGCUCUCAUACGAGGAUCGCCAGCGAACACAAGAUGCCAAGAAAAAUGCCGUGUGGAGGGUGGUUAUAUACAGCACAGACACGAGGCACACGACCAGGACACGAUGUGUUCCUUGUAAAGCGAUAAAUCAAGGGCUCAUUAGGUGA